GCUGUCACGAUAUCAGACAUAUCUAGCCAAACCACCGUAGUUAUCCUACUUUACCAUUACUCUUUCAACCUAAUUACCAUACAUCUUAAUCAGGGUUGGCGGUAAGAUGGUGCUUGCUUUCAACGCAGAGACCCUCAAUGGGCUUUGCUCUAAGGAUCAACUCGAGCUCCUGGAUGCUAUCGAUCAUUUACGUCUUCAGGGAAUCGAUCAUUACAUCUCUUUACCGCAGAUAAUCGUAUGCGGCGAUCAAUCAUCAGGCAAGAGUUCCGUACUCGAGGCCAUCUCAGGGGUCCCCUUUCCAGUCAAAAGCAACCUCUGCACUUGCUUUCCCACCGAGCUGGUUCUUCGGCGAUCGUCAGAAACUGGCGUAACUGUCUCUAUCAUCCCUGAUAAUACCUCCAAGACUUCAGCCCAAGAUGACCUCCACAAAUUUCACCAAGAACUCGAAGGGUUCGAAGGGUUUCCAGACCUAGUGGAGAAGGCCAAAGCGGCCAUGGGGAUCUCGACAUCAGGCAAGGCUUUUUCUAAGGACCGGCUUCGCGUGGAGAUAACGGGUCCCGAUCGACCUCACCUUACCAUCAUCGACAUGCCCGGUCUCAUUCAUUCGGAGACCAAAUCGCAAAGUUUGGCAGAUGUCAAGUUGGUCAGAAAAGUCGUGAAAGGGUAUAUGAAACAACCUAGAAGUAUCAUUCUUGCGGUCGUCUCCGCCAAGAAUGACUUCGCAAACCAGGUUGUGCUGAACUUCGCUCGGGAAGUAGAUAAACGAGGUAGCCGAACUAUGGGUGUAAUCACGAAGCCGGAUACGCUAGUCCAGGGGUCCCCUAGCGAAGCACUCUAUGUCUCCCUAGCGAAGAAUAAUCAAGUCAAUUUUGACCUUGGCUGGCACGUUCUAAAGAACCUUGACUCCGAAACACAGAACGGGUCAUCACUUUUGGGACAUCGAAACGCCGAGGAAGCUCUUUUCUUUUCGAAAGGUGUUUGGAACGAGCUUCCUUCGUCAAUGCUUGGGAUUAACGAGCUAAGGAAGAAGCUUAGCAGUGUGCUACUUCGGCAGAUCGCCUUUGAGCUACCAAGCCUCAUCCGUGAGAUUAAUCUGAAACUCGAUGACUCACGUGAAGACCUCGAGAAGCUUGGGGAACCACGACGUACUCUUGAUGAACAGCGACUUCGACUUCUGCAGAUCAGUGAAGAGUUCCAAUCACUUGUAGAACGUUCCGUCAGCGGCACGUACAACGGUGCUUUCUUCGAAGACGCCGAGACAGAUCAAGGAUACCAAGAACGUAUUCGCGCAGUGAUACAGGCCUUGAACAAGGGAUUUGCGAAUGAUCUCGUGAAACGCGGCCACCGACGCGAGAUAGGUGAAGGAAAGCAGGCGUCUCCUAAUGACCCAGAGUUGGUUACCAGGGAUAAGUUCCUUGACCAUGUCGAGAACAUGAUGCAAAGAACCCGAGGCCGAGAACUGCCCGGAAUCUUCAGCUCCAUGGUUGUCGCUGACCUAUUCCAGCAGCAAUCGUCUCCGUGGGAACGGAUUGCGCAAGGCCACGUCAAGAAGGCCUGGGAAGCGGUCGGUGAAUUUCUUGAACUUGUCGUCCUCUAUGUUGCCGAUGCGUCGAUCAUCGAUGCUCUUGUCGACAAGAUAAUCCAGCCGGCUCUUAGCAAACUGCUCAUGAAUGCUAAAAGCAAGGCUAAUAAGCUACUUGAUUCGCAUCGACGGGUUCACCCAAUUACCUACAACCACGAAUAUGCGAAGACCAUCCAUUGCCAUUGUUGCCACUCGAAAGAUGAGAUUUCGAAGAUUAUCGAAAGCUUUUUCGGAUUAUCAUCUAUUGGAACCAGGCAGGCCCUAAACAGUUAUUACAACCUCACCACACUUGUAGAUAACCUAGCGAAACAAAGCGUAUCGAACAUAGAACGUUCGGCAGCCUGUGAAGCUCUCGACCGCAUGCUUUCCUACUAUCAGAUUGCUCUUAAGCGGUUCAUCGAUAGUAUCGCGACCGAGGUUAUCGAGCAAAAAAUCCUUAUGCCCCUCUCCGACAUCCUUUCCCCUGUGGCGGUCUUCAAGAUGCCACCAGACUUAGUGGAGCUCAUCGCAGGCGAGUCCCAGGAAAGCCGAACAAAACGAGAAGACUUGACGAAGAAGAUCGAUGUUCUGCAGAGAGGACUGAAAACCUGCGAACGGUUCGUUGAUUCAAAAUUGAAAGGUAGAACUUCAAUACUUUCUAGCCCGAUCUAGGACCAAGUCUAACCGCUACGCAUAGGCGAACGGCUCCGCACCUUGGAAGAGACAAAGCCCGUGAUGGAACUGAACAGCCUUCAUCAUGUAGUGCCAGAUGUAGUUUCAACUGAGGGUGAUUAUGAACCAUCAGACGAAUAGGGAUCGAGAUGGAUUGCCUUACCCUAGGUAUAUUCAGAUUUCCCAUUGCUUGGAGCCCUGAAUAAGGCGUGAGCGACCUAGCUUCUGAAUUAAUACGAUUUCAGUUCCCAAAUUACUUUCGGUGCGUAAUAUUUGCUAGUGAUUCAUAA